CUGAUUCAGAGCACCAUGGCUUCCUAUACACUGCUGCUGCUCCUGGCCUCAUGUUGUGGGGCUCUGGCCUCCCACCACUAUGCCGGAGUCAUGACCUUCACUCCGAAAGGAAAGAAUGCCGAUGGAUCGUUCAGGGUGGACUUCCGCUACAAGGAGACUUACCAUACCUGCUAUACAACUAACUCCUGGUUCUGUCUCAGUGGAAACUGCGGGACCAUAGAUCGAUUUGAAAUCGGUCAAGUGGAUAGCAAUUCCAAUGGAGCUAAUACUCAAGGGAACACCUGGUGUCAGUCGGAAGCGUUAAUGACGAGAAAUAUUCCAAGCAACACACCUUUUGAAAUGUGGAAAACAGGGUGUUGCUGGAUACCUUCAGAUAGCCUUGGAUCAUGGAGCCUAUUGACACAUGUGGACCUUGGGAUCAGAUCCGACACUAAUGAACCCAACAGAUCUCCAGUCACAACAAUUAUACCUUUCAUCCGGAUACCACGGAAUUGUCCAAGAACAUUUAAUCUGCUGGCUCAUGACCCUGAUAAUGACCAAGUCAGAUGCAGAUAUGGAAGACUUGGUUCCAAUGAGUGCCAUACAUGUAGACAGCAUUCUGGCUUCGCCUUGGAUGAAAAUUCCUGCACCUUGACUUACUGGGAUGCCUUCAUAACAAAGGUUAAUGCCUUUGAGAUUGUCCUGGAGGAUUACCCCACACAAGUAAUCACUCUGAAAUACACCGAUGGCACAUUGUCCACCAAGUCCCCACUAGCUUAUAGAGACAAGCGAGCAGUCCACUCCUACUACUACUACGCUACUGCACCCAUACUACCAACUACAACAGCCACUACGACUAAAGCACCUCACCACUACAACUUCUACCACUACUACAACCCUACAACAACAACAACAGCCCCAACAACUACAACAGCCCCUACAACUACAACAGCCACUACAACUAAAGCACCUCCCCACCACUACUACUACCACUACUACAACCCUACAACUACACCACCCCCUACAACUACAACAGCAGCCCCAACAACUACAACAGCCCCUACAACUACAACACCCCCUACAACUACAACAGCCCCAACAACUACAACACCCCCUACAACUACAACAGCCCCAACAACUACAACGGCCCCAACAACUACAGCAGCCCCUACAACUACAACAGCCGCCCCUACAACUACAACAGCAGCCACAACUACAGCACCCCCUACAACUACAAUGCCCCCUACAAGUACAACAACCACUACAACUACAACAACCACUCCAAUGAUGCCAAUGAUGGGUCUGUGUAAAAUCCCUCUGCAGUUUUCAAUCCAAGUUGAUCCAUCUGUUCAUGACUGUACCGAGGGAAAUAUUCUGCCCAAGUUUCUGUUCCCAACUCCACAAAAUGGAGAAAAACUCAUUGCUGCUGUUGGUCAGGAACUGGAAAUUAAGCUGAAGGCUACAGCAACACAAUCAUGGGUAAAGAACUUCAUCAUCAGUGGACCUCUGAACAUCACAAAGUACAACACUAUCAGAGGAGCAGUUGGAGAAUCUCGAAUCAGGUGGACACCAACUAAAAAUGACUUUGGUGAUCAUGUUCCCAUUUGCUUCAUUGCAGAGAGUCAACAAGGGUACAGAAUCUUUCACUCUGACAUGAGAUGCAUCAUUGUCAUUGUUAAACACAAAUCUGGCAAUGCCAGUGUGAUUUGUACGGAGACCACAAUGACAGUGGAAGUGGAGAAGGCCUCAAUAAUUGGACUUCAUGAAGAUCACCUGCGUCUCAAUGAUCCAUCCUGCACUCCCACCUCCAACCAAACCCAUGUGAUCGCCACCGUGUCCCUCGGCUCCUGUGGGACAGUACUGGAGGAGGACGCUGACAACCUGAUCUUCAAAAAUGAAAUUAUGUCGUUCGACAACGUUGGUGAUGUCAUUACCAGGAAACACCAGGUGGAGAUUGACUUUGUAUGCUGUUACCCCAAGAAGAGCCGUGUGUAUCUGGAUUUCCAGGCACACAAGAUUCCUUACGUGUUCACAGAAAAAGCAUUUGGAAAGUUCACCUACCAGUUUGAGUUCUUCCACAGUGAGCUGUUCAACACUGCAAUAGACACAGAUCACUACCCUGUAGAUGUGGCACUGAAAGACGUGCUCUACAUGCAAAUCAAAGCUACUUCCUCUGUUGCCAACACUGUGCUCUUCGUGGAGUCCUGCAGAGCAACCCCCGUUGAUGAUCCCGACUAUCACAUUUCCUAUGACAUAAUUUCAAAUGGCUGCAUAUUGGAUGGGACAGUGGUGGUCUAUCCAAGUAACUCCACGGAAUACAGAUUUGGAAUGGAGGCUUUCCAGUUCAUUGGACAACAUGAGCAGGUCUUCAUAUGCUGCUCAGUCAUCCUGUGUGUGGCAGGGGAGCCCGGCACCAGAUGUUCUCAGGGCUGCACCACUCCCACACCCACACCCGCCCCUGUUCUACAUCACCUCCACAGGAGGGAUGCUGCCACACAGACUGGGAGACACUCCAUUUCCCAGGGGCCUUUGCGUCUAAAGAAGGCCACAGAAACCACAGUUUCCAACAUGGGCUUGAACAUGAACCUGGUUUUCAUUGCUGCCUUUCUCCUGGUUGUGGUUGUCAUUGUGUGUGGAGCUGUGAUUUAUACAGUAAAGAGGCCAACAUUCAAAUACCAACCACUUCCGUCUACUGACUUCUGAGACACAGUUUUAUAACUCAUUAAACAAAGUGAACACAUUCUAACCAAUCACAUUAAUGCAAAAUGUACCUUUUAUGAAUGAGGAAUGGCCUAAAAUCUUAAAAAUCUUUGCAAACCGUCAUAUAUUCAAAUUUUAUUAGCUUUGUACAUCACAACCCUUGAAUAAUUCCCCUGUGACUAAUUUUUGUUAAAAUUAUUGUUUGUCAUACCACAAUAUUACUGUACUGUAAAUUGACUGGGUGUAGUAUUGUAUUUUCAAACUUAUGUGAAAUGUAAUGUUGUACUGUCUCUAAUUCAUGGUAAUUCAUGAAUAAAAGUUAUGUAAAUAAUA